AUGGGGCUUCUAUUCCGAUCUGGGUUAUGCUUCUUGUUGCUCGUACUUUUUGGUUCUUACUCAAUUUAUGCGGUGAACCGCGGGCCCAAGAAUGUGCAGGUGGCGCUUAGGGCCAAGUGGCCUGGCACUCCACUUCUUCUGGAAGCCGGAGAGCUGUUAGCUAAGGAAUCGAAAGACUUGUACUGGGAUUUUGUUGAAUCAUGGAUUCACUCCACGGAUGUACAUUCUGAUUCUAGCACCGCAAAGGAUUGCUUGAAGAAAAUUGUCAACUUCGGGAAAUCCUUAUUAAAUGAACCCUUGGCAUCAAUUUUUGAGUUCUCCCUCACGCUUAGGUCUGCAUCGCCUAGGCUACUUUUGUAUCGUCAGUUAGCGGAGGAAUCUCUUUCGUCUUUUCCUUUAGUUGAUGAUGUUAUCUCAAACACCAUUGAUGGAGGGGUUUCAAGACCAAGUGAAACUGCAAAAUCAAAAAAUUCUGAAACAUUCCUUUCGGGUGUGAACCUCAAUAGUCCUGGCAAUAGAUGUUGUUGGGUUGAUACAGGCGGGUCACUGUUUUUUGAAGUCAAUGAGUUUUUGACGUGGGUACAAAACCCUAAUGACAUAGCACAUGGUGAAUUUCAGCAGCCUGAGAUUUUCGAAUUUGAUCAUGUCCAUCCAGAAUCAACUGCUGGAAGCCCUGCUGCCAUUCUGUAUGGAGCUGUUGGGACUGAAUGCUUUAAGGAAUUUCACAUAGCCUUGUCAGAAGCUGCUAAAAAGGGAAAAGUUAAGUAUGUUAUCAGAUCUGUGUUGCUCUCUGGAUGUGAACCCAAAGGUGCUUCCUGUGGAGCCAUGGGUUCAGGAGAACCUCUAAACCUUGGUGGGUAUGGUGUGGAACUUGCCCUGAAGAAUAUGGAGUACAAGGCUAUGGAUGACAGCACAGUGAAGAAAGGUGUAACUCUUGAAGAUCCCCAUACAGAGGAUCUUAGCCAAGAAGUCAGAGGGUUCAUAUUCUCGCGAAUUUUGGAGCGCAAACCAGAGCUAACCUCUGAGGUCAUGGCAUUCAGGGAUUCUCUGUUGUCGUCUACAAUUUCUGAUACACUAGAUGUAUGGGAACUGAAAGAUUUAGGACAUCAAACGGCACAGAGGAUAGUGCAUGCCUCUGAUCCUUUGCAGGCAAUGCAAGAAAUCAAUCAAAAUUUUCCCAGUGUUGUCUCUUCUCUGUCUCGUAUGAAGCUAAAUGAUUCCAUAAAAGAUGAAAUUAUUGCGAAUCAGCGAAUGAUUCCUCCUGGCAAGUCUUUAGUGGCCCUGAAUGGUGCCUUACUCAAUGUCGAAGAUAUUGACCUUUACCUGUUGGUUGACAUGGUUCAUCAGGAAUUGUCUUUGGCAGAUCAGUACAAGAAAUUGAUGAUUCCUCCUAAUUCCGUGAGGAGAUUCCUUUCAGUUUUGCCCCCUUCAGAGUCAUAUGCAUUUCGUGUUGAUUUCCGUUCCUCCAACGUUCACUACCUCAAUAACUUGGAAGUGGAUGCCAUGUACAAGCGUUGGAGAAGCAACUUGAAUGAGCUAUUAAUGCCGGUCUUCCCUGGACAAUUACGUUAUAUUCGUAAGAACCUGUUCCAUGCAGUUUAUGUUCUGGAUCCAGCUACUCUUUGUGGGCUUGAGACAAUUGACAUGAUCAUGUCCUUGUUUGAGAACAAUCUUCCUAUGAGAUUUGGUGUUAUAUUAUACUCCACAAAAUUAGUGGAGAAGAUAGAAGCAAAUGAUGGCGAACUUCCUAUUGAUCACUUGAAGGAUGACCACGAAGAUGUUUCAAGUUUGAUCAUACGCCUUUUCAAUUACAUCAAGGAAAAUCAUGGGACGCUGGUGGCUUUCCAGUUUCUGAGCAACGUGAACAAGUUGCGAAUGGAGUCGGGUGCAGAAGAUAAUCCCGAAGUGCAUCAUGUCGAAGGUGCUUUUGUGGAAACAAUAUUGCCAACAGCAAAAUCACCACCUCAAGAUACUCUAUUGAGAAUAGAAAAGGAGCAAACGUGGAAUGAACUAUCUCAUGAAAGCUCCAUUUCUGCUUUUAAACUGGGCUUGACACAGCUGAAGUGCUCUCUCUUGUUUAAUGGUCUUGUCUCUGAACCUAAUGAGGAGGCUCUUCUAAAUGCCAUGAAUGAUGAGCUUCCCAGGAUACAGGAGCAAGUCUACUAUGGACAGAUAAAUUCUCAUACCGAUGUUCUGGACAAAUUUCUUUCUGAAAGUGGUGUCCAGCGUUAUAAUACAAAGAUCAUAACAGAUGCAAAGUCCAAACCAAAAUUCGUAUCUUUGUGUGCGUCAGUUAUUGCAAAGGAAUCUGUAUUAAAUGAUCUCUACUACUUGCAUUCUCCCGAAACAACUGAUGAUUUGAAGCCAGUGACUCAUCUUCUUGUUGUUGAUAUCACAUCAAAGAAAGGGAUGAAGUUAUUACGAGAAGGAAUACGUUAUCUGAUCGGUGGCUCAAAAAAUGCUCGGGUUGGUGUGUUGUUUAUUGCAAAUGAGACUACCUCUUUGCCGGGUCUCUUUUUCAUGAAAGUCUUUGAGACAACUGCAUCGUCAUAUAGCCAUAAAAAAGGAGUACUACAAUUUCUUGAUCAACUAUGCUCAUUCUACGAACAAGAGUAUAUGUCGGCUUCUGGGGUUACUGAGAGCUAUGUGGCACUCAGUGAGAAGGUCUUCCAGUUAGCAGAUGCUAAUGGGUUGUCAUCUAAGGGCUUAGAGUCUAAACUUUCUGGAUUUUCUGCUGAUAAUUUGAGAAUUUACAUCAACAAGGUUACUCGGUUUUUAUACAAGACACUUGGCCUUGAACUAGGUGUGAAUGCAGUUGUUACCAAUGGGAGAUUAAUCCGACUCGACGAUGGUAGUACAUUCCUGAGCCAUGAUUUGGAUCUUCUUGAGUCCCUGGAGUUCAAGCAACGGAUAAAACAUAUUGCUGAGAUAGUUGAAGAUCUAAAGUGGGAUGGUGUAGAUCCUGACAUGUUGACAAGCAAAUUCAUGAGUGACAUUGUUAUGACCAUCUCAUCCUCAAUUUCCAUGAGGGAUCGAAGUUCUGAAAGUGCCCGUUUUGAGAUUUUGAGUGCAGAAUACAGUGCUGUAAUUUUGGGGGAUGAAAACUCAAGCAUUCAUAUUGAUGCUGUCAUUGAUCCCUUGAGUCCCUCUGGCCAAAAGCUCUCGGCCCUUCUUCGCAUUCUGUCAAAGUACGCUCAGCCAAGCAUGAGACUUGUGCUCAAUCCCGUGAGUUCUCUAGCGGAUCUUCCUUUGAAGAACUACUAUAGAUAUGUCGUGCCAACAAUGGAUGACUUCAGCAGUAUUGAUCACACAGUGCAUGGUCCCAAAGCAUUUUUCGCAAACAUGCCACUAUCUAAGACACUCACCAUGAAUCUUGACGUUCCUGAACCGUGGCUUGUGCAGCCUCUUGUUGCCGUCCAUGACUUGGAUAACAUAUUGCUCGAGAAUCUUGCUGACACCAGGACGCUGCAGGCAGUGUAUGAACUAGAAGCUCUUGUUCUGACAGGUCAUUGCUCCGAGAAAGAUCAUGAGCCCCCCCGGGGUCUUCAAUUGAUUCUUGGAUCUAAAAAUACUCCCCACUUGGUUGAUACCCUUGUUAUGGCCAAUUUGGGUUACUGGCAAAUGAAGGUCUUGCCUGGGGUCUGGUAUUUGCGGCUCGCUCCAGGUAGAAGCUCCGAGCUUUACCUUAUGAAAGAAGACAGUGAUGGAAACGAGGGGACAUCUUUGCUGAAGCGAAUCACGAUAGAUGAUUUGCGAGGUAAAGUAGUUCAUAUGGAAGUUAUUAAGAAAAAGGGCAUGGAACAAGAGAAGCUGUUGGUUCCUGUUGAUGAAGAUGGUCAUUCUUCUGGCAAGAAAGGAGCUGAGAACAUAUGGAAUUCAAAUAUCCUUAAAUGGGCUUCUGGAUUUAUCGGCAAGAAAGACCACUCAAAGAAGGGGGAAAACAAUUCCUUGGAAUCUGGAAAUGGCGGUCGUCGUGGAAAAAAAAUAAAUAUAUUUUCAGUUGCCUCUGGACACUUGUAUGAGCGGUUUCUGAAAAUUAUGAUUUUAAGUGUUCUGAAAAAUACGGACCGACCAGUCAAGUUUUGGUUUAUAAAGAAUUAUCUCUCUCCACAAUUCAAGGAUGUAAUUCCACAUAUGGCGAAACAUUAUGGUUUUGAGUACGAGUUGGUCACUUAUAAGUGGCCAACAUGGCUACAUAAACAGAAAGAGAAACAGCGAAUCAUAUGGGCGUACAAAAUCCUUUUCCUUGAUGUCAUUUUCCCGCUUGCCUUGGAAAAGGUUAUAUUCGUUGAUGCAGACCAAAUUGUGCGUGCAAACAUGGGAGAACUAUAUGACAUGAAUUUAGGAGGACGGCCUCUUGCAUAUACUCCAUUCUGUGACAAUAACAAAGAUAUGGAUGGCUAUCGAUUUUGGAACCAAGGAUUCUGGAAGGAUCAUUUGCGAGGAAAACCAUAUCAUAUUAGUGCUUUAUAUGUGGUCGAUCUAGUCAAAUUUCGAGAAACAGCAGCUGGAGACCAAUUGAGAGUAGUUUAUGAAACUCUGAGCAAAGAUCCAAAUAGUCUUUCUAAUCUUGAUCAGGAUCUUCCAAACUAUGCUCAACACAUGGUGCCCAUAUUUUCUCUUCCACAAGAGUGGCUAUGGUGCGAGUCUUGGUGUGGUAAUGCCACCAAAUCCAAGGCAAAAACCAUUGACCUUUGCAACAAUCCCAUGACAAAAGAGCCCAAGCUUCAGGGAGCUAAAAGAAUAGUGACAGAAUGGCCGGAUCUUGACCUUGAAGCUAGACGCUUCACAGCCAAGAUUUUAGGUGAAGAUAUCGAGCCACAAGAGCAAGCAACAGCUGAGGUCAACACUGAUGACAUAGCAGAAGAUGAGGAGUCGAAAGCAGAAUUCCGACGUGCCCCCGAGACCCCACAGAAAAGAAGAUGGCACCCCAAGUCUCCCGCGACCCGCGGGACUUUCAGACCAGGCUCGCCAGAAUUCUCCCCCACCCAGGACGACCUGGGACUUCACACCACUCGCGACCCACGGGAUUUUCAAAGCCUAAAGACACCCCCGACCUGCGUCCCGCGGGUCGCCGCGCUCAGAAUUUAA